AUGUCAUUUGCAAAUUUCGACAUAGAGGCCCAGCGACUGGUUUCGAAGGGCCGCAAGUCAGUGGAGCCCGAGCAGACAGCGCUCCAGAAUGACCUUGACUCAAUUAUCUCCAAAACCUCUGAUCAGGUGCAAACUUUUGCCAGUUUGGUGCAACAACACGACAAGCAACGAAGACAAUUGGGAACAAAAAGAGACUGUAUCCAGCUUAGAAACAACGUCAAUGUCCUCGAAGUGCGUAUAGAGGAUAUGGAGGGUGCCAUCAAGCAAUUAGUGAACAAUUUGGUGCAACUCAUCAACAAGAAUCAGAAACUGUCAAAGGAGAAUAGCAUCGAAAUCACCAGCAAACAGAUUUUAAUCAAAGAAAGGUUGACUAAAGAGUUCAGCGAGCUCCAGAGUCUGUUCCACACGGCCCGGCGCCAAGCGGAAGAUAAGAUGAAGCAAACACCGAUUCAGGCUCAUGUAGACGAACAAACACCUCUCCUUGACAAUUCAGAACAACAACAGCAACAGCAAACCCAGGUCGAUCCAGACUUGGUGGAACAAACAGAGCUUCAAUACCACAUGCUUCUCACAGAAGAACGGAACCGCGAGUUGAACCAAGUGAGCCAAGGCAUCCAAGAGGUCAAUUCCAUAUUCAAAGAUUUGAGCGAACUCGUACAGCAACAAGGCGAACAGCUCGACACAGUUGAAGACAAUAUUCUCCAGCUCCACAGCAAUACUCAGGGAGCAGACAGGGAGCUCCAAAAAGCCCAUGAGUACCAGAGGCGAAGAAGCAAGUGGAGCUGUAUAUUCUUAGUGGCAUUGUGUGUAUUUGUGUUGAUUGUGGUAUUGGCGGUAUUGAGCUAG